UCUCUAUACUCUACUAUAUCUUUAUCUUCAUAUCCUAUCUCUCUCUCUUUUUUUUCAUAUUUUAUAAAAUUACAUCAUAUAUCUAAGAAGUUCCACUUUAAAAUGCUUACUUAAUUAUAAACAGUCUUACGCAAUUGGCAUAGCAUUUAUAUAUCUCCUGUAUACGUUUUAAAUGAAUUAUUCAUAAACUUUGAUUGUUAUCUGAUCAGAAAUUUUAAGAAAUAUAGUUUUUGAAUAUAAGUGUUUAAAGUUUCAUAUAAUAGCUCAGAACGAAUUGUAUGGGACUAGGAAGAGAGGAAUUCUGUGACAUUCUGUGAAUUCUUUCGGUGAAUUUCAAUAUUUUAAGAAACGUUUCAAACCAGAAACAAUAUUAGAUUUUUAUUAAAUUUUAGUUACAUUACUGCUUAAUAAAAUAUCUAAAAAUCUGAUGUGCUAGCAAAAUUGAAAUAGCAGAUUCUAAUUGUACACAUGAAACUACGUAAUAAUUGAUAUGCGAUACGUCAGCUGCAAAAUGAUUGUUAACUAUUUUUGUUUGUUAUAUGUUACAGUAAACGAAUUAUUAAUAUAUUUGGUUUUGAAUUAUUGAAAAAGAUAUUAUACAGUAAUUUUGACACAAUGAAUAAAUUAACGCCACCCAAAUAUGAGUUUUUAAAUCCAGAAAAAACAAAAGAAAUGUUAGAAUUAUUCAAAGGCGAGAGAACCGGUUGGGUGUUGGUUGGCCCGAAGAAAUAUUUUUUUCCAUACAAAUAUACAAAAUACGGGGAAGGAUUUUAUAAUUUUAAAGCAAGAUCUACUGAUACUUGGGUAAUUACAUAUCCACGAUCAGGAACUACGUUAACUCAAGAGCUGGUUUGGUUGUUAAGCAACAAUUUGGAUUAUGAUACAGCUAAAACUAAAUAUCUUUCUGAAAGAUUUCCAUUUUUAGAAUUCAGUAUGUUUCAACAUCCUGAGGUUACAAAUGAAUUUAUAGAAUUUAAUAAAGGUGAUUUAGCUAAAGAGGAAUUCUGUAGAUUAUUAGCAGAACCUGGAUAUGAAUUUUAUGAAAAAAUAUCUUCACCUAGAUUUAUUAAGACACACUUUCCAUUUAGCUUAUUACCUACUGUUUUGGAAUCUGGUGCCAAAAUAGUUUAUGUGGCAAGAAAUCCUAAAGAUGUAGGUGUGUCGUGGUAUAAUUUGAAUAAGGACAUAAAAACACAGGGGUAUCUAGGAACAUUCGAACAAUUUUGGAAUUAUUUUCAAAAUAAUCUGACUCCAUGGAGUCCAUAUUGGGAACAUUUAAAAGAAGCUUGGGCAUUGAAAGAUCAUCCUAAUGUUUUGUUUAUGUUUUAUGAAGAUAUGUUUGAAAAUUUACCUAAAGCUAUUAAGAAAAUUGCAAAAUUCUUGGGUAAAGAAUAUAGCGAUGAUGAAAUAAAUGGACUUGCAACAUAUUUGGAUAUCAAAAAUUUCCGUAAAAACCCAAUGGUUAAUUUAUCAGAAUUAAAAGAAUGUAAAAUAUUAGAGAAAGAAUCUUUUGUCAGACGAGGAAUAAGUGGUGGUUGGAAGGAUGUUUUUACACCAGAAUUAGAAAGUCAAGCUAAUCAAUGGAUUACAGAAAAUUUAAAGGAUACUGAUUUAAGAUUUCCAAGUGUUACUAAGAACUUGGAUUAAAAUCCAAGUUAAACAAAAAUUAAUUUAAUAAUUUUUAAGAUUUUUAAUCAUAUUUCUAUUAAAAUAUA